UGAGAUAGUUUCAAAAUGUUAUAUAUUGUCUUUGAGAACCUGUGAUACCAUACUCCUCUGUUAGUACCCUAGUUUCUGUUUACUUGCCUGCUUCCCUUACUAGACCUUGGUUAGGGUCCUUAAGUGAGAGCCAAGAUGUUUUGUUUAUCUUUGCAUCCCAAGCACCCAGCAGUGGAAUUCAUGGAGUAGUCUCUAAUCUCACAGGAUCUACUUAACCGAAGAAAGGGGGAGCCAGAGUCAGUGUAAGAUUUGUAAUAGCCCCUGUGGAUAUAGGGAUGAGAACUAAACAGAAAUAAGUGUGAGGGCUGGCAGGCAGCAUGCAGCUGUAUGGAUGGUAGAUAUGCCAGAAAAAUUAACGAACUUCACUUUGAAGUGGCUAGCCCAUUCAUUCUCAACAUCCCCAGGAAGCUUGUUAGAAAUGCAGAUUCUUGGCUCCCAUUCCAGGCUUACUGAUUCAGAAACUCUGGCUCUGAGACACUACAGUCUUAAGAAAUCUAAGUGAUCAUGAUAAAUGCUCAGGUUUGCAAACCAGUAGCCAAGAAGGACAGGACUGAUGGUGAAGACUGUGGCAUAGAAGGAUUGAAAGCCCAAAGAUGUAUGUGAUGCCAGUGAAUAAAACUGUUGAACAGCCAUGCUAGCUGGAACAGGAAAACUGUGAGAAUAAGAUUAUAUUAUUACAAAGAAAGCAGAGCGUGUUUUAGGUGGGCAGGAUCUACUGCUCCUGCUUAGUUUACUGACUUCCUGAUCUUAGCGUUUAAGUAGAUCAAGUAGAUUUAAAGUCGAUUAGUCCUACCAGAGGGACACCCCCCCCCCAAAAUCUCCACCCAAAUUUUCUCUCCUGUCUCCACACAACUGCCUACCGAGCUUUAGCUGUCUCAUAGGAGCCUCAGAUCUCUAACACUACUGUGGUUAUUACCUCUCCCUUGAAACCUGUAUCACUGCAUGUGUUUCCUAUUUCAGAGAGCUGGACUACCACCACGCAGUUACUCAAGUCAGUUUAUUCUUGGCUUAUUUCUCAUGAAACCAUGUCACUUCUAACUCCUCAUGGCUUUAAAGAUACCUAUUUUUUUCCAUCCCUACUAAUACCCUUAUAAUUUAGAACUUUCUCAUUGAUAAUCUUUAAUAAUCACAUAAUAUUAUAUAACACAUAACAGUCAUCUUAACUUAAUAAUCACAUAACAGUCAUCUUAACUGGUCUCUCUGCCUCGAGUCUUUUCAGCUUCAAAUCCAUUUUGAAUGUGGCCAGAACAAGCUGUCUAAAAAUUUGAUUAGUUCUUUUCUUAAACUAUCCAGUGGCUCCCCAUUACCAUUUUGAUAAAAUACAGUCUCCACAAUUUGGCUUUUACUAUUGGUCUCCUGUCUUCCUUUCCAGCCCUUUGUCCUUGCACCUUCAGUCCUUGUCACCUGCUCUCUCUCUGCUUGGUAUUACAUUCCUUUACCUUUCUUUACCAGACUGACACUGCUGAUCCUUCAGGUAGUUGUCGAGAUAUUAUCUCUUUGAAGCUUUCUCUGACCUUCUGAGGUCUAAUGACAAAAAUAAUGCCCUGAAUUUCCCCUUGCAUAUCACUCCUAACACCUUACUGUAAUUGCCUGUUUAUUAUUUUAUAUAACACAUUCUUACCCACCCCUCACCUCACUGCAUUGUAGUCUCCACAAGGGGUUGAGACUGUGUCAUUUUUACUAUUAUAUCAGUAACUGGCAAACAGCAGAUGUACGACAAAUGUGUUGAAAUAGGUAAUAAUCGAUAGUCCAGAUACGAUAAUUUGAAAUAAUUUUAAAGGCUACUGGGUAGGAAUUUGUGUUUUCUAUCCUUCACCUACUCCUUCUUUAUCUUGUUCAUCUAGUCUGUGUAGUGUGCAUUAUGUGCACUGGGUGCUGUGCUGGUUGCUAAAAUUCAGCUGUAACAAGACUCAGUCUUUGCAACAGGGUUUAUCCUCUAGUGGAGGAAGUAGACAAUUUAAAAAGUAGCCUGUGUACAGUACAUAGAGGCCAAGAAAAUGGAAGAAUGGAGUGCUAAGGGAACAGCUAGAAGAGGCAGCCAACUCAAUUUUGGAGAGUCAGAAGGAAGUGAUGCCUAAGCCCCUAUUAAAAAUUUAGUACUUAAAAACUGAAAACUGAAUUUUUCAAUAAAACACAGGAACGUACUGUUCCAGAAAGAGGGAACAGACCAUAAAUGUUCACUAGGGAACAAGAAAAGGGGGCACCUUAUGACUGGAGGUCAACAGGUUAGGAAGGAAAGCAAGCUGGGAUAGUUCGGGAGGCUUGUGUUUGAAAACUGCAGUAUGGGAAAUGCACUGAAAAAGGCAGAAGGUGGGAUAGACCAAUUAGAUGUAAUCCAACAGAGAGAUGAGCGCUGCUGAAUUUAGGAAGAGGCCUGCAGGGGAUAGGGUAGUGAAUGGAUUAGAAAAAUAUUUGGGGCAAAGAGCAAAACCUUGGGGAUUGAUGAGAUUUGUAGAGAGAAGAAAGGGACCUCGGUUCUAACCCCCGUCUUCUUUUCCUAUAGCUCCCGGCUAGUACGAGGCAAGGAUUUCACAGAACUUGUGGCAAAAAUCCACCCCCCAUACCUCUAAACUGUGAAAUUUUGAGGGACUGCAGGAAAGGGAAAAAGGGUGAGAUCACUCUAGAAGGCAGAUGAUGUUUAUGGGAGAGAAGCAUUCCUGUUAAGUAUCUAGAUUGAGAAGAAAGCAGCAAUAAACCCCUAUUAUUCAGUAGGCCCUUUUGUUUCCUAUACUUGAACUUGUUAGGUAUGUAGUCUUCUGCCACUAAGUCAUCUAAGAUCCAUGAAUAAUUUAAAAACAUCCUCUGCAUAAAUAAAUAGAUAGAUAAAAACAUCCUCUGUAAAACCUUUUAAUUAUCAGAAAACAAAAACCUCCUUAAUUGUCAAAUACAUUCCCAGUUUCAAGAGGUGCAACUUUAUUUUAGGAUGUACCUUUCAGUCCUUUAACUUCUAACAAAUUACAUUUAAUAUCUUUUUAGUAAAAAUCAUAAAUAGAAUUUGAAAGAACUUAGAGAUCAUUUUAUCUCUGGCCUUGAGUUUUGUAAGUGAAAAAAAUAAAGCAGAACUAGGUGAAAUAACUUGUCCAAGAUCACAAUGGCCACACUGUCGGUGACAAUGAACUUGAGUGGGAUACAUGCCUCCCUCUAUAACUUAGUGUUAAAUUAGUGCACUGGGCCUUUUGAAGGCCCAGAAAUCGUGCAUGAUCUAGAUCAAGCUCCAUGUGUUCAGGGCUGAUUUUAGAAACUAAGCUGAAACAGAUUUCUUGUCAUAGUUUGAAUUUACUAGUUUUUUAAUAAUAAGUAAAAUACCUAAACUGGUCUGUACACUCCUUGAUGAUAGCAGCCAGAGUGUUUUAAUCAUUGUGGCUUGUACAUAAUAGGCAUUUAAUAAAUGUGUUUUGAAUGAGUCAGUCAUACCUAGCUAACCAUUAAUCAGUUUUUCUAUUUCAUUUUAAAAGAUUUUUGUCCCCUUAGUACCUCUAUGAUUCCUUAGUUAAUUUAUGAAAUGGUCUUUGUAUAUAUUUUUACAUCAUGUUUUUCUUAGAACACUGUAUGGUGUGUAUCUUCUUAAUAUCUGAAUAACAGCAUUUCUGCACUCAUGUUGUUUUGUGCUAGUAUCCAUUUUCUGCCAUAGUGUGAUAGCGUAAUAAACACUGUUCGUUUAAUUUUUUCUCUUAACUUUAUAGAUAUAAAACAUGUUUCAGAAAGAUUAAAUGACUUGUUAAAAAAUAUGUAUACCUUUGGAAUCAGUAGAAGUGCCAGCAAUUAACCUGAGGUCUUGACUUACCAUCCGUUAGAAUGUUCCAUAGAGUUCUCUGUAUUUAUUAAGUUCAUGUAUUUCUCCAUUAGUCAUGUUAUUAUUUAGGUUCAUCACUGUUAGUAUCAGGAUUUUAUUAUCUCCCUGCUAAAAUGACCAAGGAGGAUUACUUGGAAAUAUUUGUGGGAAAAGGGUACAACUUGCGCUAACCUGUUAUUCCUUUGAUGAGGAGGGUCCAAAAAGGGGGAGGGGGAGAAGAAGAAGAAGAGCAAAGAAAAGAAGGGAGGGAGGGAGGAGCGGGGGAAGAAAGAGGAGGCUCCAUGUAAGAGGUGGUUGUUCGCCACUGCUUGACACCUACUGCCAGCUCCAUCUUCAGUGGCCCCGGUCAUUUGUGUAUUACCGUUUUAGAUGCGUAGGUUGAGGAGAUGGUACAAGCUUGCAAAUGUUUGAUGUUCCCUAACUGUACUUUACCCCUAGAAACCCUCCAAGAAGACAUGGCUUCCAGAGAAGAGAACACGAAAAGGACGAACAGAGUGCUGAGAAUAAGUCAGUUGGAUGCGCUUGAACUGAACAAGGCCCUGGAGCAGCUAGUUUGGUCCCAGUUUUCUCAGUGCUUUCAUGGAUUUAAGCCAGGGCUGUUAGCCCGCUUUGAACCAGAGGUGAAAGCAUUACUGUGGCUUUUCUUGUGGCGAUUCACCAUCUAUUCUAAAAAUGCCACUGUGGGACAAUCCAUUUUGAAUAUUCAGUAUAAAAAUGAUUUUUCCCCAAAGCUGAGGUACCAGCCACCAAGUAAGAAUCAGAAGCUGUGGUAUGCUGUGUGUACAAUUGGCGGGACGUGGCUGGAAGAGCGCUGCUAUGACCUGUUUCGAAACCGUCAUUUGGCAUCAUUUGGGAAAGCCAGGCAGUGUAUGAAUAUCAUGGUUGGACUUUUUAAAUUAGGUGGGCUCAUCAAUUUCCUGAUUUUCCUUCAGAGGGGCAAGUUUGCAACUUUGACAGAACGUCUCCUGGGCAUUCGUUCUGUAUUUUGCAAGCCCCAAAACAUACGUGAAGUUGGCUUUGAGUAUAUGAAUAGGGAACUUCUCUGGCAUGGUUUUGCUGAGUUUCUGAUUUUUCUCUUACCACUUAUUAAUAUCCAGAAAUUGAAAGCUAAAUUGUCUUCAUGGUGUAUUCCUCUUACUGGUGCUUCUAAUAGUGACAAUACGUUAUCCACCAGUGGCAAACAGUGUUCUCUGUGUGGAGAGUGGCCCACCAUGCCUCACACCAUAGGAUGUGAGCAUAUCUUCUGUUACUACUGUGUUAAAAGUAGUUUCUUAUUUGACGUGUACUUUACUUGUCCUAAGUGUGGCACAGAGGUACACAGUGUGCAGCCACUAAAAUCAGGAAUUGAGAUGUCAGAAGUGAAUGCUCUUUAGAAACUAAGAUUGUUUCCUCUGAGGAAAACUGUAUUAUGUUCAAAUCCUUAAUAUUAGUCAUCCUAAGCAUACUGUUUAGGAGGGAGUGUGCUUCUCAGCCACUGUCUUCUAUUCCUUUCCAAGUUCGAAAUUCUAAUCACUAGAAACCACAUGAUUCUGUAUAUAUUAUGCAAACAAUAAUGUAUUACUUUUCUUUAAAUCAUUGCAUUCAGUUUUUAAUGUUGAGAAUAAUGGACAGUGUUUGUCAGACUACUAAAAGCACUCUCUCAUUUUGCUACUUCCUAGAAAGAGGUUAGAUUCUAAAAUGAUUUCGGAGACUUGGGAUGAGUGUGUAUUUUUCAAAGAUGGCAUUAUAACGUCAUAAUCUGACAAUGAUAAGACCCUGUUGUUUUGAGACUUAAGAUCUAGUGCCCCAGUUGUAAUUUUAAGCUACUCUCUAAAACCUGUUUUUAAAGGGUUCAGUUGGCUUCCUUCUCAGGCAAAAUAAUGGCCACCAGGAGCUCCCGACUGAUGUUUUGCCGGCUUUCUGAUUCCCUGGGAAUAAGAGCUUCUUGCGUAAUAGUUCUGGCUAAAUCCAGGACCUCAUUGUCAUUGGUCUGUCUGGGAUUACACAUUUGUGAGCCAGGACAGAAAAGUACUAAUCUUGAUUACUAGAUGUGUACCUCGUGGACCCAUAGUAGGAGAGAGGCAGUUCCCCACAGGAAAGUCAGGUGCCAUUGUAAGAAUAGUGGAUGGUGGGCCCGUAGAAACAAAGAUCCCUACUAGAGUCCACAUUUGCCUUCUUCUUAUCAGAAGUUUGUAUGUAUUCUUUAAUUUUGCCAGUGAUCUAAGUUGAUGAGAACAUAAGUAACUGAGUGGUUGACUUGGAUUAAAGAUUUAAAAGGAUUAAAUAAAUAAAUAUUUUGUUACACCAA